AAUAACCCGCAAGAGGUAUGCGCGUGAUAAUUGGUGAUUUCAUGCAAUUUUACGAUUAAACGAUUAAAGUGACACAUAUAAUUAGAUCUGCAUCUGGCGGCCAAUAAAGAAAUUGCUUUUAACAUUAUUUUCUCUAUUUUAACAAAGGUAAAAUAUAUCGAUUCGCAAUGUUAAUCGCGGCGACGAUCGGGAUUUUUAUCGUUGCUCUCGCUCUAGGAUAUAUUUAUUACAAGUACGUGAUAUUCAACUUUUGGCGCAAGAAAGGUGUGUUUUAUCUCGAGCCUGUUGUACCAACUGGCAAUGUAAAUGACUUUAUAGCUGGGAAAAUAUCAGGGGGCGAACUCUUUCAAAACAUCUACAUAAAAUAUAAGCAUCACCGUAUCAUUGGAACGUACAUGUUUUUCAAACCUAAUCUGGUGAUUGCGGAUCUCGAUCUCAUUCGAACGGUGCUGACGAAGGAAUUCGGGAGUUUCCACGAUCGUGGGAUGUACUGCAACGAAGAGAUCGAUCCACUGUCUGGUCACUUGUUUAUGUUGUCUGGGAAAAAAUGGCGGAACUUACGCGUCAAAUUGACACCGACCUUCACAUCCGGAAAGAUAAAGCAAAUGUUCGCGAUUGUGAAGCAGUGCGGCGAAGAGUUAAUGAAAUGUUUAAUAAGCAAAGCUGCCACGGAGAAUGCUGUUGAGAUGAAAGAUUUAUUUGCACGCUAUUCGAUGGAUAUAAUUAUGUCGACGGCAUUUGGAAUAAACUCCAACUGCCUGAUCGAGCCGAACAGUGAAUUAAGAAAAUGGGGAAUAAAGGUUUUCCAAGUGAAGGCCUUGCGGUACGCUCUGGUGAUGUUUGCGCCGCAAAUUUUGGAUUUCUUUUCCAUUCCCUCUAUAAGACGCGAUAUCACCAAAUUCUUCACGAAAAUAUUUCGAGACAAUGUGGAGUACAGGAAAAGUCACAACAUCGUCAAGCACGAUUUUAUGAAUCUACUCAUACAGCUUAUGGAGAAAGGCUACGUUGAGUCCGACGACGAUAAAAAUAUCACCGAUGAACCAAUUUUUCUUAAACCAUAUCAAACUACAUCAAUUUGGUCCGGUAUUUUACGCUUAGCAGCCAACACGAGUAAACUUACCAUGAUGCAAGCGGCCGCGCAGGCCUUCAUUUUUUUCUUGGCCGGCUUUGAAACAUCGUCGACUACGGCAACAUACUGUCUGUACGAGUUAGCUUUGCACCAAGAUAUACAGAAUAAAGUUCGCCAGGAGAUCGACGAGACGUUGAAAAGACACGAUGGACUGACUUACGAUGCUGUGAACGAAAUGACAUAUCUUCACAAAGUAAUCCAAGAGACCUUGCGGAAGUAUCCAUCUAUACCUGUCUUAAAUCGCAUAUGCACCAAGAAUAUAGUCCUCCCGACUACAAACGUUUACGUGCCGGAAGGGACCUUGAUCACAAUACCAGUGCUCGGAGUGCAGCGAGAUCCGUCAAUAUACCCGGAUCCGGACAAAUUCGAUCCUGAACGUUUCAACGCCGAUCAAGUGGCGGCGAGGCAUCCUUACGCUUACUUACCUUUUGGGGAAGGACCGCGAGUCUGUAUUGGUGCAAGAUUUGGCUAUGUGCAAACAAAAGUUGGAAUUAUAAGCGUCCUGUCGAAAUUCAAGGUCAAACUACAUCCUCAGACUGCAAUACCGCUCAAUUUUGAUGAAUCGAUAAUUAUACUCACUCCCAAAGGCGGUGUACAUCUUAUUAUUGAAUCGCUAUAAGCUAAUCGCGCUAAUACUUUUAAGUAGUAAAAUGGAUUCUGAAGUGAUGCCUUAAAGCAAAGUGUUACAUACAAACAUCAAAAAGGAGAAACUAGUAAAUAUUAUGUUACUCUAGUAAAUAUUAUCAAAACCUACAGAUAGUGGACAGAUAGUGGAAUACAUUGAACAGUGUUUAAUGUAUUAUAAUGUAUAAUAUAUUAUAGUUAAUACUAAAUGUAUUAAACAUAUAUGUGUAUAUGUAGUCUACGCAAUGCGUAUCUCUCCGGUGCUUCGCGCUUGUUCGCACUUACGUCGCCGAAACAUAUACACUAAUUAUAAUGCUCCAUUAUGCAUAAGACCCUGCUUUGAAAAUUAUCAUUUGAAAGAAAUCAUAAUUACGGAAAUUAAUGGAUCCUUGUCAGUCAAAUAUCUUUAAUCUUAUUGUCAAGAUCGUUAUGAUAGAAGAAUGUCUAUAAAAACUGCGCUCACAAGACUUAUAGACGAUAUUAGAUCAACUAUUGAUAAUUGUAUGAUAACCA